AUGUCUCUUGCCAGUUUGGUCAGCUCCUGCUCCCUCUUAUUGCUACUGGUAGCCCUGCCUGGAUGGGCGGCCAACGAUGAUCCCCUGGAGACGGUCUUUGAAGGGAUCAAUCGAGGGAUAAGCAGUGCAGAGAGAGAAGUGAGCAAAGCCCUGGAAGGCAUCAAUAAUGGAAUCACUAAAGCUGGAAGAGAAGUGGAGAAAGUUUUUAGUGGACUUGGAAAGGACGUGGACAAAGGAGUUCAUGGGAUCAACAAUGGCGCCGGACAAGCAGGAAAGGAAGCAGAGAAGUUUGUCCAUGGGGUCAACAACGCUGCUGGACAGGUUGGGAAGGAGACAGGCAAAGUGAUUCAGGGGGUCCACCAUGGGGUCAAUCAGGUGGGAAGUGAGACAGGGAGGUUUGGCCAAGGGGUCCACCAUGCUUUUGGGCAGGCUGGGAACGAAGCAGGGAGGCUUGGCCAGGGAGCCCACCAUGCCUUUGGACAAGCUGGGAAUGAGGCAGGGAGGCUUGGCCAGGGGGCUCACCAUGCCUUUGGACAAGCUGGGAAUGAGGCAGGGAGGCUUGGCCAGGGGGCCCACCAUGCCUUUGGACAAGCUGGGAAUGAGGCAGGGAGGCUUGGCCAGGGGGCCCACCAUGCCUUUGGGCAGGCUGGGAAUGAGGCAGGGAGGCUUGGCCAAGGGGCCCACAAUGCCUUUGGACAAGCUGGGAACGAGGCAGGGAGGCUUGGCCAGGGGGUCCACCAUGCCUUUGGACAAGCUGGGAAUGAGGCAGGGAGGCUUGGCCAGGGGGUCCACCAUGCCAUUGGGCAGGCUGGGAAGGAGGCAGGGAGGCUUGGUCAGGGAGCCCACCAAGCCUUUGGGCAGGCUGGGAAGGAGGCAGGGAGGCUUGGUCAGGGAGCCCAUCAUGCCUUUGGCCAGGCUGGGAACGAGGCAGGGAGGCUUGGCCAGGGGGCCCACCAGGCCUUUGGGCAGGCUGGGAAGGAGGCAGGGAGGCUUGGCCAGGGAGCCCAUCAUGCCUUUGGCCAGGCUGGGGACGAAUGGGAUCAGCUUGGUCAGGGGGUCCAUCAUGGGGUCAAUGAGGCCUGGAAAGAGGCAGAGAAGUUUGGCCAGGGCGUUCACCAUGCUGCUGAACAGGCCGGAAAGGAUGCAAACAAAGUGGUGCAAGGGGUCCACGAAGGGGUCAACCAGGCUGGGAAGCAGGUAGAGAAGCUUGGUCAGGGGGCCCAGCAGGCUGCAGGGCAGGCUGGAAAGGAGGUACAAGGGGUCUAUCAUGGAGUGAACCAGCCUGGGAAGGAGGGGGUGCACUUAGGCCAGGGCGUUCACCAUGCUGUUGAACAGGCCGGAAAGGACGCAAACAAAGUGGUGCAAGGGGCCCACGAAGGGGUCAACCAAGCCGGGAAGCAGGCAGAGAAUCUUGGCCAAGGUGUCCACAACGCUGCUGGCCAGGCUGAAAAGGAGGCGCACAAAGUUGGCCAAGGUGUACACCAGGCUGCUGGCCAGGCUGAAAAGGAGGCGGACAGGUUGCAGCAGAAUGUUCAUAAUGGGGUUCACCAAGCCGGCAAGGAGGCCAACCAGGUGCUGAAUGGCGGUCAUCAAGGAGGGUCCACCGGCCAGCACGGAGGGGCCACAACCGUAUUAACAUCUGGAGCUUCGGUCAACAAGCCCUUCAUCAACUUUCCAGCUCUAUGGCAGAGCGUCGCCAACAUCAUUCCCUAG